CACAGCCCCUCAGCUCGGCUCGGCUGUGCCGCCCGCGGGGUGAUGGGGCCCCUUUGCUCCCCGGGGUCCGAAUUCCCCGGCCCGGUGUCCUCCCCUCAGGUGAGCAGGCGCUAGGCCCGGGGGUCGGCCGGUUCUCAUCCCUCCGGGGAAUGUUGCUGGAAAGCUGAAGCCCAGGCUUUGCUCCUGCCAACCGCCCACCUUGCCCCAGGGAUGUGGCCAGCCCAGGCACUCGUGGAAGGGGGUUGUUUCCACGGGGCUGUGGGUGCAUCCCGAGGGGAUGGCAGCGGUUGCAUCACAUCAGCGUGGAACUGCCCUGAAAUAACGUCUGUCAGAGCGGGGCUCGCAGAGAAGUGGCCUCUUGACAUAAAAGCCAAGCUCUGCAACUGUCUGUAAAGCAGGUGGAGACAUUUUAUCUACCAUGGCAUCAAGACUUGUUCCAAACGUGAAUUCCAAACAGGGAGUAUCUCAGUGCAAGGAGAAACACGUGGUUCUGCUUAGCCCCGUGGGAAAACUCAAGAUAUCUGGGUGUGAAACGGGCUUACAUGAAAUAAAACUCCAAAUGAGCGUGCUGCCGAGUGGCAGGGGGGAGUCCCCGGCAACGUGCGAGGUGUGCGAAGGCGCCGAGGAGCUGACGGAGGCACUGAAGCAGUGCACGGCCUGGCUGUGCGCCUACUUCUGUGAGCCAGCGAGGACGAGGAGCCUCCCCGUGCCGGCCUUCCACCACCCGCUGCUCCAGCAAGAUUCCUUCACCAGACAAGUGCUGUGGACCCUGUGGAGGGACGUGAAGUUUGGGGAGGCCGUUUCCUACAAGCAGCUAGCAGACCUCGCAGGCAACAGCAGAGCGGCGAGAGCGGUGGGAGGAGCGAUGAGGAGCAACCCUAUCCCCAUCAUAAUUCCGUGCCACAGGGUGAUUUGCAGCAGCGGGCAGACGGGCAACUACGGAGGAGGGAACCUCAUGAAAGAGUGGCUGUUGUCGCACGAGAAGCUCCAGAAAGAGAAGUUAGCAUAUUGAUGCAGCUCAGCCACGGCUGCUAACCAGCCAAGACAUACAACCGCGGAUCCUUGGCUUAUAACAAGCUCUCAGAGCACCCAGCAGAAUUCAGAAAAAUGGUAAAUAUUUGAGUGACAUAUAAAUAUAAUGCAACAUCCAAAGUGAAAUGUGUGGUGGCACCACUAUAUUAAAAAAGCGGGAUGUGUCCUGAGGGAUGCAGCUCGUCUGCCCUUUCUUGUUUUUACAUUUUACAGCAGAAUGACUACAGCGGGCCAGGCCUGUUGUGCAUGGAUUUUUGUUCCCAUCUCCAGUCCUGUUUUGUUCUAUUUUUAAUGUCCAUUAAAGCACAGAUAAGGGAGUGGGAGGGACGUGGCGAAUGUGAGGUUCAAACCUCCCCCUGAGGAGGCCGCUGCCCGCUCCUGCCCGGCCUGGCUCGCUCAUCCCCACCAGCCUCCUGCCCAGGACUCCCCUCGCCUCUUUGGGGCUGGAAACGGCGUUUUACGUAAACGGGAGCACCCCGAGAUGCAUUCCGAAGCAAGUGGCUGUUGAGUCGCUUGUUCCCGGCUUUUCUUUUCAGAUCGCGAGAGAUGGGAAUAAAAAUUUUUGCUUUUGUGACUGGUGGAAAAAGCAGUUGAAGAGAAGCUGCUGGCAAAUUGUGUGAAAAGUGUCUUUUAAAUAAGCAGUUUGAUGAGCGCAACUUGGGCAAAAUAUUGAAAAGCUCAUCGUGGUUGCAUCUUUAUCAGCAGCACGUUUCCUGUUACCGUUUGAUUUCUUUUUUCCUUUAGAUUUUUUGCAUUUCUCUGCUGUGCGAAGCUUUAUUUCCCGUAGCCUCUCUGUAGAAAGGAUUCAGGUAUUCAAGAGAUGUUAAAGCUACAUUUUGAGGUGGUUUAAGCAGGGUUCUGUGCAAGUACGAGCCAACAGAAGCUGAAAUUUCCAGUAUGGGAAUCGUAAAUUGUAACAUGGAAAUACUGAUUUUUUUAUGUGUUUUAUCAUAUUUUCAUAGAUGUCUCUUUAGAAAGGCCAUUGCUAACCAAGAAAUUAUUGUGUUAGAAUGUGUUAGUUAAUAUAGUAUUAUUGAUACCUCAGAAUUACUUCAAUAAAAAAACUGC